AUGGUGAAGUCACUCAUCACUAGUCACAUCACCAACAACACCUACACAAAUGACACAAAUAAGAGGAACAUUGACUUUGUGGAUGAUCUUCAAGCAAUGUUCCCAUGGAAGGAGAAGCAUCAGGUAACUAAUUUAUAUUUUGAGCUAGUAGUGGAGAUGAUGACGGCACAGAGCAACAACCAACAUAUUGUGGCAAGCAGUGCCCAUAUCAAUGAUUACUUUGGGAUGCCAAUGGAGGCUCCACCCAUGGACAACAUGGACAUGGUGCAAGCUUAUCCAAUGGAUGAGAUCGAGGCCACGAGGCGUGUAGAGGGACAACAACACAUGCCAAAUGUUGUUCCUAAACAAAGGAGACAUGCAGUGAGGUUUUGGACUAUAGAGGAGCACAGGAAUUUCCUCCGUGGACUAGAAGUGUUUGGCCAUGGUAAAUGGAAGAACAUCUCCAUGUACUUCAUCCCCACAACGACACCGGUGCAGAUCUCUAGCCAUGCACAAAAGUAUUUUCGUAGGCAGGAGUACACCACCAGAAAACAAUGCUUUAGCAUCAAUGAUGUCGGCCUCUAUGGCACACAGCCAUGGGUGCAGAACAACUCUUCUAGCUGGGAGGCACUCACCUUCGUUGGCGGUGCUUACAACACAAACUACAAUGGCUUUGAUGGAAAACAUGUUGCCUUUAACAGCCUUGCAUGUGCCAGCCAGGCAAGUGUCAACCAGGUAGCUACAUGGAUUAUGGACCAUCAGGCAACAAUAAGUUCUUCUGUAGCUCCAGUGAUGGAGGUGGAUGGGAGCCAGAUGACCAGUAAUGGUCAUCAACUGGGAGGCUUUCUUUACAACUAG